AUGUCUGCAGCAGCAGUAGCAGGAGCAGUAGCAGGAGCAGUAGCAGGAGCAGUAGCAGGAGCAGUAGCAGGAGCAGUAGCAGGAGCAGUAGCAGGAGCAGUAGCAGGAGCAGUAGCAGGAGCAGUAGCAGGAGCAGUAGCAGGAGCAAGAGCAUUUUCUAUGUUCGAUUCUGGUAAAAAAGGAAACAUCGACAGGGAGAAAGUCAGGACCAUCCUCACAACAUUAGGACACCAUUUUGACGACGCGGAAUUGGACACUUUAUUAUCAGACGAAGAUCCAGAUAAUACAGGAACUGUCAAUUUCGAUCAAUUCUGCAAAGUGGCUGGUCACUUUUUGGAAAACGAAGAUGAUGAAACUGUACAAAGAGAAUUGAAAGAGGCAUUCAGAUUAUAUGACAAAGAAGGUAACGGCUACAUCCCGACGUCGAGCUUGAGAGAAAUCCUGGCGGCACUCGAUGAUCAACUCACCACCGAUCAGUUGAACGAAAUGAUCGCAGAAAUCGAUACAGACUCCUCAGGCACAGUCGAUUUCGAAGAAUUUAUGGAAAUGAUGACAGGAGAUUAAAUGUAAAAUAGACGGACGAUCAACCAUUUUGGAAGCAUAGCUAUAUUUUUAAAAGGUACCUAUUGUAUUAAGUUAAAUUGUUAAUGACAUUUUGAAUAAUAAAACAAAUUAAAUUAAA